CCAGUAAUGUCUGAUUGCGCCAUGGAGAGUUCGUCGGUGUACAUGUGCUUCCCCUGCUACCAGGAGUUCAACACUCUGGAGGAGGUACUCAAGCACCAGUUGACUUGCACAGCUGAGGAUGACCAGCCACCAGACACAUCUGGAGCCACUCCAGUCACUGUUCCACUGCUACAGACACAGCAACAAGUAUUAAAUAUAUCAAGGACAGAUGCAUUCCCAGAGACUGAAAUACAAGUAGGAGACUCCUUGGUGCAGCAGGUUGAGUGUGAGCCGAGUGGCAGUGAGGAGGCUGCUGUCGGUGUAAAUACAUCAGAUCAGCCCAGAAUCCUCUACCAGUGUGGGGACUGUGAUGAACUAUUCAAGAGCCUGGAUCUCUGGCAGCAACACCGUAAAGAAGGGAUAUGUCAGCAUGCUGCUACUGGGGUCAUGUCAAAUCCUGAUUCACAACCUGAGCCAGAAACCCCCUUAGUUCAGAGCUCAACUUCGACUUUGAAUCCAGAGGAGUGCACUUUCUCAGAGGGUGAUGCGAGCAGAAAUCUUCACCCUGAACCAGUGGAAGAACCUGCAGUAGAGGAAGAGGAGCAGCAGGCUGCAGAGAGCACUUCAGCUCAGACUUCUGAUCCUGCUGUUUCUGAGGUGGUAGCUCCAACCUCCAUUCAAGAAGAUUUGUCUCCCAGGAGGAGAGGGGCUAACAAAAAGCCUAAACCUGAACCGGUGCUCCUGUGUGUGGACUGUGGUUCAUGCUUCGGCCUUGUGUCUGAACUCGUUUCCCACCGCAAGACCCAACACGGCUUUGAGGAAGCCCUGCACCGUUGCUCUGUUUGUGGGGAGAGUUUUUUAAACACUACCCUCUUCCUCUACCACCGCAAACAACACAGGCAGAAAGGUGAGGAAAAAGUGGCAGCAGGUCCUGAAGUGACAGAGGAGGUUUACGUUCAGAAUAAUGGGACUGAUGAGCAGAGGCAGGACGCCGCUCCCUCCGCCACCAGUGCCACUUCCACUUUUACACAGCCAGAGUUGUUCAUGUGCACCCAGUGUGGGGAGAGCUUCAGCGGUGGGGCAGGGCUGGCCACACAUCGUACGGAGAAGCAUGGUCUGCAGGAGCCGCUACACAGUUGCUCCCAUUGUAACGAGAGCUUCAUGAACACCACCCAGUACUUGUACCACCUCCGGCAGCACCGCUUCACAUCAGGCACAGGGGUGACGGAUGGAGCUGAGACUGGUGAUGAAACAACCGCUGCAAAUCCUCAGGAUACUCCACAAAGCUCAAAGCGGCUUCUUUCCUCACCUGCCUCUGCCAGUGAAUCAGGUUCACCUUUACCUAAGAGGAGUAAGCCAUCUUUCAGGAUUCUGAGCGGUGGUAAUGCACUCAAAGGAAACAAGAGUUCAGGCAUCAAAGAGGAGUCAGAGAGCAGCAUUGCAGCAGACUCGGACACCACCAACCUCCCUCCUCCUACCAAGUUGCUGCAGGACUGGGCCCGCACACCUCUACCCCAUGUUUGCCCCUACUGUGGCAAAACCUUCACACGACGCGUCUUCCUCCGCACUCAUGUCUACAGCCACACUGGAGAAAAGCUCUUCACGUGCAAGGUGUGCACAAAGUCCUUCACUAACUCCCAGAGCCUGCUGCGCCACAGCAUGAACCACACGAGCUCCAGGCCGUACAGCUGUGAGGUGUGUGGCAAGAACUUCUCGCAGGCAGCCACCCUGAAGAGACACCAACGUAUUCACAUGUCCGCACACCCUCGGCGCAAACGUGGACGCAAACCGGUGUGUAGUCUGGACAACGAGGGAGCUGCUCAUCUCUACCCUUGUCCUAACUGCCCCUCACGGUUUAACACGGAGGAUCAGCUCAACCAUCACAAAUUGCUCCACACCAGCCACCCUUUCCCUUGCCCAGAAUGUGGAGAGGCGUUCAAACGCAGGAAAGACCUCGACCUGCACUCGCUCACUCAUCAAGACAAGCAGCCAGCGAUGUGCCCUCACUGUUCAUCCCAGUUUAUCAACCAGUCAGUGCUGGAAAUCCACAUGCAGCGAUGCCCUACCACCGAUGAGGAGAAGAAUGCUGGUCGUGGACGGGGCCAGGGCAGAGGGCGGAGCACUGGACAGAUUGAGUGUGACCUAUGCGGCCACCGUUGCAUGACCCAGGAGGGCCUUGACCUCCAUCGGUUAUCCCACACAGGCCAGACGCCUCUCAAAUGCCCAGUGAGGCCUUGCCGCCGCCGAUUUACUUCCAACAGUGCCCUGGAGGAGCACGUGCUGGCCCAUUUCCAAGGCACGCUCGGCAAGUCCAAAAACCGACCCCGCUUUCGCUGUGAAGUUUGCCACAAGGAAUUUGCCUACAAUUCUACCUUCAUUGUUCAUAUGAGGACACAUACUGAUGAGAGGCCCUUUGAGUGCAACACAUGUGGCAAACGCUUCCGCCAGCUGCCCCAUCUGCAGGACCAUGAGCGCAUCCACAGUGGCCUGCGGCCUUUCUGCUGCUGGAUUUGUGGAAAGAGUUUCAGCGUGGCUGCCCGUCUCACCGAACACGCCCGCACACACAGUGGCGAGAAGCCCUACCCCUGUCCGCACUGCCCUGCUGCCUUCCGCUCUCGCUCCAACCUGGAUAAACACAUCCGACUGCAUGGAGAUCUGCCUCUCGAAAAGGUAGAGGAGGCUGCACAUGCAGCUGAGGCCGCCCAUGUCCAGAAAGUGCUGGAGGGGGCCAAGGUGCUGACUUCUCUGCCAGAGGAGGUUGAGUCUGGCUCUGUGCAGACCAUCUAUGUACUGCAGGGGGGCGAAGGAGGUACUGAGACGGUCAUGAUCCCAUCCGAUCAGCUCAGUGGCAUGGAGGGAGCCUCACAAGUUGUCAUCCUGCCCUCCUCCGUUCUGGGAACUCAGGGCAUUACUGUUCCGACUAUCACCAUGGAUGGCAAUGAAAUCACUAUGGUGGAGGCAAGCCAUUCACCACAGCAUGCCAUUGAGUUCAUUGUGGAGGAGACUGUAUGAAUGCAGGUACACAAGGACAACACAGAGGAAGUAUUGAGCAUUUAGUUAAGAAUGUUGACCGUUAAUGGAGUGAACAGUUUGAUCUAAGGAUAUGCAGUUGUUUCCUGUAUAUAGAUAAUAGAUUUCUCAGCCAGUGUAACCUCAAGUUCCAGUUUGUGUAGUUGUAAAACUUUACAACUUUCCUUGAGCUUAAAACAAAUUUGAUAACAUUGUUGUGUCAGUGAACCUGGUGACAUAAACUUUGACACAAAGAUGACACAUUCACAAUAACAAAUUGAAGUUGUAUUUCAUUUGGAUUGAAAAACAUGUUGGCCCGUGAUUGUACCGAGACAUCUGUUUUCAGCCCCUAUUUAUUAGGGGAAGACUGGUGGUGACCCAUGAUUCUGCUUUAUAAUAAAAUAC